CACCAACAACAACUAGUGCACCAACAACCACUAUCACAACUCAUGCACCUACAACAACUAGUGCACCAACAACAACGACUGCGUCGACUACAGCCCCUCCAAGAGGUUUCCCACACGGUGAACCAGCCAUACAACCAUUUUUCUUUGGUCGCAGCAUCAACCAGCAGGCCAUUCCCCAUAGUUGGCCAUGGCAGGCAGAAAUGAUGCUGUAUGGAGAACAUCCAUAUUGCAGCGCAACCCUAGUCGACCCUGAGUGGGUUCUAACAGCAGCACAUUGUGUACAAGAAAUUGAAAAACCUGAGAGUUGGAUGGUCCGCCUUGGUGAGUUUGAUAGGGCAAUGGAUGAAGGUACAGAAUACUUGUAUGGUGUAACAGACAUUGUUAUUCACCCUGAUUACGAGUCAGCCUUCCCUAAUAGCUACGACAUGGCAUUGGUUAGACUCGUUGAUCCAGUCGCCUUCACUGACCACAUCAGCGCUGUCUGUCUUCCAACGCCUGACACAAGCAUUAACCCUGAUGACCAAUGUGUGGCGACUGGCUGGGGAGAUCUGGAAGCUUGUACUGGUUCAAAGGCUGACUUGAUCUUUGUGAUCGAUUCAUCAGGAAGUGUUGGUCCUGACAACUUCCAGACGACUCUACACUUUGUCAGUAGCAUCAUCAAUGAACUCACCAUUGGCAGCAAAUACACCAGAGUCGGUGCCUUGACCUUCCACAGUUCUGUCACGAUACAGUUCCAACUGGAUGAAAUAUUCUCCAAGAAAGAUUUGAUCGAGACAGUCACCAAUAUACAUUACGAUACUGGGUCCACUGCCACGAAGGAAGGUCUUGAGACACUAUUUGAUAUGUUCCAACCUCAACAUGGAGACCGUCCCGAUGUUGCUAAUAUCGCCAUUGUCAUCACAGAUGGUGCAGCCAAGACUGGAGAUCCUAUUCCCGCAGCCACCGAUAUAAAGAAACACGGAGUUACCAUGUUUGCUGUUGGAAUCAAGACAGCAGAACUGAACACAAAACAAGUGGAAGGGAUCGCCAGUGAACCCAGUGAUAAAUACGCCUAUUUUGUAGAUGACUUUGAAAAAUUGUCAACCAUUAAACUUGUUAUUGCUGAAGCAUCGUGUGACCACGUAAAAGAUUCUAACCAUCCGCUGUUGAAGCAAGUUCGUGUCCCCAUUCUUCAAGGCAAUAUGUGUAACGACACUGACUAUUAUGAUGGGGUCAUCACUGAGAGUAUGUUUUGUGCUGGUUACGAGGAGAAACAAGAUAAAUCAUGCCAAGUUGACUCUGGUGGCCCACUUGUCUGUAAAGACACUCUAAAUGAAAAAUGGACAAUCACUGGGGUGAGCAGUUGGGGAUUCGGUUGUCAAUUACCCAAACGCCCAGGUGUCUACACGAAUGUCACAGAACUAACACCAUGGAUCAGUCAAGUAAUGAGCAGGAACAGAACGUACAUCGCCCCAGUGACCAGCACCACAGUCGCUCCUACCACCACAAUCUCCCCCUUUGAGGAAUCAAUGUUGACUCCGAGAUGUGGGGUCCGGCUCACUGCAGCUCCUGCACCAUUUGGUAUCAUGCCUCACAUCGUUGGUGGAAAACCAGCAAUUGCUAACAGCUGGCCUUGGCAGGUUGAGAUGCUCCUUUUUGGUGGGUUCUAUUGUGCUGGAUCUUUGAUCAGUAAUCAGUGGGUCGUCACUGCCGCGCAUUGUGUCCAUACGUACCAGGACCCGCGUCCUUGGCAAGUGCGUUUAGGGGAGCAUCACAGAGAGAGGGACGAUGGUACAGAAGUCACAAUAGGUGUCGCUGAGAUAAUUAUCCACCACAACUACAUCAGUGGUUAUCCAUGGGACUAUGACGUCGCUGUUGUGAAACUCACAUCCCCCAUCCGCUUCAGCACUGGAAUCAACAGUGUGUGCCUCCCGGGCCGCGAUGAUGUAUUUGAACCUGGUACAAAAUGCAUGGUCACUGGAUGGGGCGACACUUUAGGUACAGGUGACCCAGACACGUUAAACGAGAUCGAAGUGCCUCUCUAUGAUAACGCUGUGUGCAACGAUGAUGACCAUUAUGACGGACCCAUCACUGAUAGAAUGCUGUGUGCUGGCUAUGAAGAAGGAGGACUGGAUGCUUGCUCGGGAGAUUCCGGUGGUCCUCUUGUGUGCCAGACUGGCAAUUCUUGGACCCUUGUGGGCAUCACUAGCUGGGGAUUCGGCUGUGCCGUCCCAAAGAGGCCAGGUAUAUACACGAGGGUGACUGAGGUGGUCUACUGGAUCGAAGAGAUGGCCGUAUAGCGUUCACACUUUAUAUCGUAACACUUCUGUUAUUAAUAUCUGGACUCGAUUAUAAUAUAAGUGUGUCAACGAAAAUGUCUAAUAUUAGUUUCUACGUAUAUCAUACGGGAUAGCAUUUCGUGUCAUUUGUAUUCGUAUUGACUAUGAUAAUUAAAAUGCCAAAAUUAGAUGGGAUUUGUAAUACGAGAUUUGAUGCUUUAUAAUAAUAGGGAAUAUAUUGUAUUUAUUUUGGAUAUUGCAUGAUUUGUCAUAAUCUCACUUCAAUACCAAUACAUAUAGCUGAACAAGAAUAAAAUACCGGUG